UUCCAUUAAUUUAUUGCGCCUGGUGGAAAUUCGAGGAAGCGAUGGCUUCCCCAUCAGGGUCUUCAGAGUCUUCGUUGAAUGCCGCGUUGAGAAUCGCAUCGGCGACCCGCCUUUUCCUGAGAUCCCUUUUCCUUCUCUUAAGGGAGAAUGACUUUUCAGCUAGGGUUAGGGCUUCGGAGGCCAAAUUUGCUGCAGUUCGUAUGCUUCACUACGGAGCUUGCCGGUUAAUGAUAAAUUCUAGAUUUUCUUUUAUUGCUUUUCUUAAUUUUGGUGUUAGAUCGUGCUGAGAUUGAUGAGGUCGUGUAAAAUUGGGAUUUUUAAGGGUAGAUAUCAACUUGGUAUAACUUGGAUAAUUAUAUCAGAGAAUAGUGGAUUCCUUACAGUUUAGGGUUUAGGGACAGCAGUUUACUUUGCAUUCACUGUUUUUGCUUAUGGAAAAUAGAAGCUAUGUUAGCCUCUUUCAAAUCUUGUUGUUGAUGCUGUUGAGCAGCAGAAACUAUUCAUCCCAGCUGGAUGUGGAAUGCUUGAAAUCCAUAAAGCAGACUCUAAAAGACCCUGGUGGUAUUCUGGCAAAUUCUUGGAAAUUCGACAACACAACUGAUGGAUUUAUAUGCCCUUUUACUGGUGUGGAAUGCUGGAAUCCAGGUGAAAACAAGGUCCUUAACCUGCGUCUUGCGAACAUGGGUCUUGAAGGUGAAUUUCCAUCAGGGCUUGAGAACUGUACAAGCAUAACUGGAAUAGAUUUGUCUAACAACAAUUUAACUGGACCCCUACCUGCUGAUAUUUCCAAGAAGAUACCCUUUGUGACGAACCUGGAUCUUUCAUUCAACAUUUUCAGUGGGGAAAUCCCCAUCGGUAUUUCAAAUUGUAGCUUUCUGAAUGUUAUUAACCUUCAACACAAUCAUCUUAGUGGUUCUAUUCCAUGGCAAAUGACAAUUCUUGGUCGUCUGACAAGCCUCAAUGUUGCUGAAAAUCAGUUGUCUGGACCUAUCCCUCAAUUCAACUUUUCAAUGACAGCUUUUAGCUUUGCAGGCAAUCCGGGGCUUUGUGGGGCACCAUUGGCGGCGUGUCAAGGACCUGCGAAGAAGGACAAAACUAGUGUCAUUAUUGGCUGUGUUGUAGCUGGUAUCAGUGUAACCCUCCUAAUCGUUGGAGUUGUUAUAUACUUUUGCUUGCGCAAAGAUACUGUCAAGAAGAAGAAAAAAGUACUGUUAGAUAACAUGUGGGCGAAGCAUUUGAAGGGAGUCAGAGGAACCAAGGUUUCUGGUUUUGAGAAGUCAAUUUCGAAAAUGAAGCUCAGCAGUCUUAUGGAAGCAACUAAUGACUUCAAUGUGGAAAGCAUCAUUGGAACUGGGAGGACUGGUACUAUGUACAGAGCAAUUCUCCCUGAUGGUUCUACUUUUGCAGUCAAGAGACUGCAAGACUCUCAGCAUUCUGAGACUCAAUUCAUAGCUGAGAUGAAUACCUUGGGUGCUGUGCGGCAUAGCAACUUGGUUCCCCUGUUAGGAUUUUGUAUAGCAAAGAAAGAGAGGUUGCUGGUGUAUAAACACAUGCCCAACGGUAAUCUCUAUGACUCGUUGCAUCCAACUGACGCUGAAGUAAGACAUGUUUUGGGUUGGCCACUUAGGCUAAAAAUCAGCAUUGGAGCUGCAAAAGGCCUGGCAUGGCUUCACCAUAGUUGCAAUCCCCGGAUUCUUCAUCGAAAUAUCAGUUCAAAAUGCAUUCUCCUCGAUCAUGAUUUCGAACCGAAGAUAUCGGAUUUCGGACUUGCAAGACUCAUGAAUCCAGUUGAUACACAUCUUAGCACAUUUGUCAAUGGUGAGUUUGGCGACCUGGGCUAUGUGGCUCCUGAAUAUGGACGCACUCUGACUGCCACUCCAAAAGGUGAUGUUUAUAGCUAUGGAGUAGUCUUGCUUGAAUUGGUCACUGGUGAAAGACCUACCAACGUAUCAAUUGCACCUGACAGCUUCAAAGGAAGCUUGGUGGACUGGAUAAGCUAUCUUUCAAACAGCUCCCUUCUUCAAGAUGCGAUUGAUAAAUCUUUGAUUGGGAAGGGAUAUGACAAUGAGCUUCUUCAGGUGCUAAAAGUUGCUUGCUCGUGUGCUCUUUCAGUGCCCAAGGAGAGGCCUACAAUGUUUGAAGUUUACCAACUUCUUAGAGCUAUUGGUGAGAAAUACCAAUUUACUACUGAUGAUGAUUUACCAAUGCUGCUGCCAAGUACUGAUGGUGAUCUCGAUGAGCUUAUUGUCGCACAGUGAGGGAGCUUAUUAGACUCUAUCCAUGAAAGCCAUUGUGGCUCUAUAGGAACAGUGAAGGUCCAAUUUAUCACUUGAGGGUUAUUUGUUGAUCUUCUUGCUGGCUCUCCUGUUUAUUUGAACCUUCCACUUCUGCAUGUAGCACAGAGGUGACAGGCAAGAGCGUUCUAAGAAAUAGUUUUUUAGUUAUGUACACACUUUGUCAAGUAGGCAGUUGUUUGAGCAUAUUUCCAUGCUGUUGACUGGAUACCUGUGUAUUUUAUGCUUGAUAUCUUAAUAUUGAGAAGGAAAUUGGUACCCA